UGCACAUGUCGACUCUCGCUUCUUGCUUGCACUGCUUCUUUUACUGUCGCAUGUUAUCGUCGCUCGCUGAUGCCCAGUACCGCAGCAUGAUAUGAUUCCUUGCAACGCUUACGAUCGUUGAGAAUUGUCAUUAUUAGCUCUGUCUUUUUUCACAAUGUGGCUGACUCCGCUGCUGUUCCCGGCUGCAGCCAUGGCCAUUACACUCGACCUCAGCUCCACGCAAUCGAUCUCGUCGGCAGCAGGCACAGCCGCCUACAACAUGAUGACUUACUACACUGGCAAUCAGACAGGCCAAGUCCCAGGCCUUCUUCCAGGCUCUCUUAGCUGUGACCCGAAGGUUACCGGCACCUACUGCUGGUGGGAAGCCGGUGCAAUGUGGGGGUCAUUGAUCAACUACUGGCAAUAUACCAACGACAGCACAUAUAACUCGAUUGUUUCCGAGUCGAUACAAUUUCAACGAGGACCAGAGGACAAUUUCAAUCCGCCCAACCAGUCACGUAGCAUGGGUGUCGACGAUCAAUUAUUCUGGGCCUUUUCAGCACUCGAUGCCGUCGAGAGCAACUUCCCCGAGGCUGGAGGCGACAAUCCAUCGUGGCUGGCUCUCGCACAGGGCGUGUACAAUUUCCAGACCUCUCUCUGGGAUACCUCGACUUGUGGUGGCGGAUUCCGAUGGCAGGUCUAUUCAUUCAAUGCUGGAUAUAACCUCAAAAUCGCAAUCGCUAAUGGCGGCAACUUCCAGCUCUCAGCAAGAUUGGCUUAUAUCACAGGGAACCAGAGCUACGCUGACUGGGCGGUAAAGGUCUGGGACUGGAUGGCGACCAGCCAGUUAUUCCAGACAGAAGGUGACAUGUUGUAUAUAUGGGACAGUACAGACAGCGACAAUAACUGCACGAAUGCGGAUCACCUAGUCUGGACGUAUAACUACGGGACUGUCCUCGCUGGCGCGGCGUACAUGUACAAUUACACCAACGGAAGUUCGGAGUGGGAGAGCCGAGUACAGCAGGUGCUGUCCAGCACAUUUAGCCUGUUCUUCCCGUCGGAUUAUGGUGGGAACGUCAUGACUGAAAUGGAGUGCGAGCCAAAGCUGAAUUGCGACCAAGACCAGAAGAGUUUCAAGGCUUACUUGUCGCGCUGGCUUGCCGUCACAGCGCUUCUUGUGCCUAGCACAGCGAGCCAGAUUAUGCCGAAGUUACAGGCGAGUGCCACGGGCGCAGCGGGCCAGUGUAGUGGGGGAGGGGACAUUUGCGGUGAACAAUGGUAUACAACAACAUACGACGGUCUGACGGGCGUUGGUGAAGAGAUGAGCGCAAUGUCGAUAUUCGGAGCCAAUUUGAUCAGCUCGAGUAUGGUGCCUCUGAGUCUACGAACGGGCGCGACAUCGGAAAGUGACCCAUCGGCUGGCGGUACAGCCAACGACACCCCGUCAAGUCAGUUUCAGAAGCCGAUUACAACGGCCGACAAGGCAGGUGCAGCAAUUUUGACAAUCCUGGCCUGCACAAUAACGAUUGGUGGUGCAUGGUGGCUAGUUACAUGAGACGAGCGGGUACUGUUGUGAGAUAGCGUAAGCGAUCGGCGUUUUCUCUUGCAUAUAGCUUCAAGUCCCGGGUUAUUGGUACAUAUGCCGAAAUCAAAAGCGAUGCCUUGGAAGAAAUGAACGUUCUUGCG